GUAUUCUGAUAUCUGUUAUUUGGUCCUUUUAUCGGACUAUAUACACAUUUAUAAAACAAAUGUAACAAACCCGGAUGUGCUUGACUGGGAAAACAAAGCACAUCAUGAUUGCAGUGUGAACACAUGUGCUUAUCCUUGAAAGAUAAGUGCACCUCCGGAAGUUUUGUUAACAAAUUAUCGCGUUGAAGAUUCGGUAUGACAGUGAGAUGGCUUUGGAAAUGAAACAAUGGGAACAUGGGACUGAUUCCGAUGAUGACCAAGACGAGAUCAAGACUUCAGUUGUUUUGAGAAGCAAUAUAAGCAACGUACCGGUAGCUUUUCAAAUAGACGUCAAGCGUAAAACAGGAGUUUGCUCAGAUUGCCUGCUUUUACAAGUAACUAAUUGUCAAAGUAAUGUGAUUUUCCAAUCAUUCCUUCGACAUGGCUCUACAUCACGACACCGAUCAUUUAAUUGCCCUAGUGACAUACUGAAGACACCAUUGGUAACGGUAACUGUGUUCAGUGUACAAACCAAGGAGGUUAACAAACGUGUCUGGUAUAAAGUGAAGAAUGGAGGCAAGACCUUAUCUAAACUAGUUGGAGGUGUUACCAUCAAUUAUAUGGAUAUUACUCUACAACCUCUUGGCACAUACCUUGAUCUACUAGCAGCUGAUACAAAACAGGUACCGUAUCAGGUGGACGUGAUCAGCAUCAGCCCUAGGCGGUACAUGUUGACAGACCUAAAGCACAAGGAAAAACACACGGACACCUUUAUUAUCACUCUCUAUCAAAUUCACCCUCCAGCCUCGUGGAUAAUGUUCCAUCGUGGGUCAGCAACAACCUAUGAAAUCCCCUUCGACCUUAAACCCGCCACGCAGUAUAAACUACAGCUUUUCAGAGUCCGCACGGAACACGCCAAUGAUGACAUGUAUAUUGGAUAUUCACACUCAACCGUAACAACGUUUAUAACACAUAUGACAAAAUAUGAAGUGUUAGAGCUAUACAACAAGGCGGCACAUUUUCUGUCAAACAGCCCUCCGACUUUGACAAAUAUUUCUCAUUUCUAUCGCAAUAAGUCUGAGGAGUACUUUAGCAAUAUCAUGAGAACCGAUGGUGUGAUGCACAAGUACGACAAGAACUGGGGAGGAGAUCAGGCCUCCACACUCAACAAACAAGUACAGGGUCUGUUCUUCAGCGCAGCCGUGGACCCGGUGACACGUUUACCUCCGGAUGUUUCCUAUUUCGGGCCAUUAAGGUUACAUGUCCCCACAAACGUCCUGUUGAACAACAAUAUUAAUAUGUAUUUCUCUGACUUCUACUGUCACUAUGUAAAUCACAAGGUUCAAUUGGUCUUUACGGUCAAGGGCAGUCCAACUGAUGACUUCUGCAGACAACGACUUGUGCUUGUUGACCAGACCAACAACCCGUUCCUCACGAGAGUUAGAUGCGGUUUCACAGAAAUCGUCCGAGUGACAAUGAACGUUACAGUGGAAAUAUUCUACACCGAGGACGUACCAGUCAGGGCCAUGGUGUGUCGCAGUAAUGUGUUCUUUACCACAACGAAACAAAAGGGAAACGCUUUGGUCAUGGUAAACGGCAUUCCAAAAAAUAAAAACUGUCGAAUAUGUAAUCUUGACUGCUUCCUUCUCGCUCAUGCUAUGAUAUCUUGAUAUAGAAACAGAAAGUGCAAAACUGUUUUUGGCAUACAGUACAUUUAUUUGUCAUUAACUGUAUCCUUUAGUGCAUCAAGCUCAAUGAUCUCAACAGUAUUGGUAUUACUGCAUACAUGUACGUACUAAAUACCCGAUUGUGUAUUCCUACUAUACACAAUUUUAGAUUUAGUGUUUUGUCAGUUACGUCAUAAAAUAUGACUUUUUUUGUAGUAAUUUAUCGUAUUUUAUCUUUAUAAAAAUAAGACAGAAGUUGAAGCCAGAAUAUUUGAAAAAAAUAGAUGUUUAUGAUUUAAAUCAUGAAAUUAUAAAAUUCAGGCAUGCAUAUCAACAUACAGUAAGGGUUAGUACAAAUUGCAUUCGUUUAUCUUUAUAUGAUCAACUCAAGCUUGUAAUGCUAUGGUUUGUGAUGAUUUUCCCACUAAUUGUGUGUGAAUAUAUAAUCAAAUCUAUAAUAACAUACCCAAGGAUAAGAGAUGAACUCUUGCCAUGGAAAGGAAACAUCACUGAAAUAUAUUUUAGCAACACGUUAUCUAUACAAUCAGAAACUGUAUCUAUUGUUUUAGGUUUGAAAUAACAACGGCGUAUGUGUAUGCAAGAAGGCGUUUAUGAACUUCUAAGGUAGACCUACUUUUUCCGCGAAGAUGUUAGUGUUUUCGGCAUGAUCAGAAUUCAAGACUCUAUAAGUUUUUAGAAUAUGAACAAAAUGAUAUAAACGCAUUAUAUGUAUACUUAUAAAUCAAAUUUGGUAUCUGUUUUUCACUUAAUGUCAUAGACACUAACUCAGUUUGAUAACUGAUUGUUUUUGUAAAUGUUAUCCAUACUUUGACUACCACUACGAAAUUAGCCUGAAGAGAAUACCCUAUCGGUGAUUGAUGAUAUUAAUGACAAAGGAGAAUGAGACAAUAUAAAGUUGUAAUUUACCACAGGAUCAAUGGAUACCGUCCAUGAUGUUAUUAUGAGGCGGAGAUCAAAUAAUGAAAAUUUCACUAAUACCCAAGAUACAUGCUUUUCGCUACUUAUCGUUUACAAAAACUCAUUACUAUUAAAUGGCGUGGCCUGAAUGAAUUUCUUGUUUUAUACUCUACUACAAGCUGAAUGAAACAUUUAUAUGUUUUUAUUGUUUUUCUUUUUAAUUAUGUGGCACUUUCUGUAGCAGUGUGUUUAAAAAUAGUAAGAUGUCAUCUCUCCAUUUUUGAU